GAGAGAGAGGGAGGGAGAGAGAGAUGGGGAAUCCUUUCGAGAAGGUGCCGGAGGGAUGCAUAUCAGAGAUUCUGUCAUUGACGUCUGCUUGGGAUGCUUCUCGGUCGUCCCUCAUUUCCAAAGCCUUCAAAUCGGCGGCCGACUCCGACGCUGUCUGGAACAGAUUCUUGCCGCAGGAUUGGCCGGAGAUAUUGUCCAGAGCCGAUUCCGCCGCCGUCAUCAACUACCGCACCAAAAAGGACCUCUUCUUUACUCUCUCCCACAACUUUCUUCUCAUAGACGGAGCCAAACUGAGCUUUUGUCUUGAUAGAAGAAAUGGGAAGAAAUGUUAUCUAAUUGGGGCAAGAGAAUUGCUCAUUUCUUGGAAAAAUUGUUGGUACUUUGCUCCACACCCAAAUUCCAGGUUUAGUGAGGCGGCAUGGCUAAAAUCCAUAGGGUGGAUUCACAUACAAGGGAGAAUAAGAAGUGAGGCCCUGUCACAAAACACAACUUAUGCAGCAUACUUGGUGUUUUGGCAUCAAACUAAGGAAGCCCUCAAGUCAUCCAACACUAUAGUAAGAUUCCUUGAUCAUCAUGGCACCACUGAGCACUUAGCAUCACAAGAAACUGGCAAAAUCGGGCACCAGAGACGCGACGGCUGGAUGGAGAUCGAAAUGGGCAAGUUCUACAAUGCCUACCAUCGCUACGAUGAAGUUGAAGUCUGGUUGAUCGAGAUCAAUAGCCCACAUGGAAAGUCGGGGCUCAUCGUUGAAGGCAUUGAGUUUAGACCUGUCUAG